AGAAUCUCAGUGCGCAUGCCCGGAAAAACAACAGCCCUUUCGCCCACGUGAGCAAGUAGAAUUGGUGAACGGCCGAGCUACAUGGAUAACUUUGAUAUUGAGGUUUAGUAUUUACUCGAGUCAUAAUUUGGCUACAAUUUAAGUAGGAGAAUAAUUUACGUGAACGUCGUGAGGUUUCGCGGCGCGUUUGGCUUCCCGUGUUUGCAUUUAUGUUCAGAUGACCAAAUUCCGACGAAUUACUAAAAUACAGUGCAUACGUGUAGUACAUUGAACACACACGCAGCUAAAAUGUUAAAUUAAUAAAAUGAAUGCAAAUAAUUUAUCACGUAAGAAAAUGCGACACAAAUAAAAGCAUUAAAUCCCAACAUCAACGAUAAGCUCCAGAAAGACCAAUCAGUUAUUCGUCAAUAUAUAUUUAAAAAAAUGAAUUGAUGCUCAAAGUCCAGCCAUGGUGAUGAGUGGUUGUGGACGAGCGGCAAGGAAGAGGAAGAAAAAGCGCACCGGCGCGCUCCAAUCGGUUUCUCUGAGCCACCGGCCCGAGUACGUGGAGCUGCUCAGGUUUCUUCACCAGCGAGGAUUUGCGUCAACACCGCUGCAACCUGCGCUCUUCCCUGACACAGGCCGAGGUCUGCGGGCUCUGAGGAGCAUAAAGCCCGACCAACUGAUGAUUUCACUGCCCGAGUCUUGUUUGCUUACGACCUCCACCGUGUUGGACAGCUACCUUGGGCGCUACAUCAAGAGCUGGACGCCACGGCCGUCGCCUCUAUUGGCUCUCUGCGUCUUCCUGGUGUGUGAGCGGCACAGAGGAGCGGACGCCGACUGGUCCCCGUACAUCGGCGCCCUUCCCGCCUCCUACACGUGUGCCGCCUAUCUCGCGUACGACGUGGCGGCUCUCCUUCCCGUCGGAAUGCGGCGGCGAGCUUUGGAGCAGAAGGACGCCGUGCGGGAAAUGCACUCGUCCAAUCGGGAUUUUUUUAAGACUUUGCAGCCGAUUCUCAGUCGGCCGGUGGAGGACGUGUUGACGUUUGAAGCUCUGAGGUGGGCGUGGUGCAGCGUCAACACCCGCUCCGUCUUCAUGCGUCACCCGUCCAACCGAUUUUUGUGUGGCCGGGACGACUACGCGCUGGCUCCCUUUUUGGAUUUGCUUAACCACCACCCCGACGUGCAGGUCAAAGCGGGCUUCAACCACGAGACCAAAAGCUACGAGAUCAGGAGCGUGGGCGGGACUCGGGCAUUCCAGCAGGCCUUCAUCAACUACGGUUGCCAUGACAACCAGCGCCUGCUGCUGGAGUACGGCUUUGUCGCCGCCGGCAACCCGCACGGCGUGGUCUACUUGGACGCAGAAAUGCUGCGCCGGCUUGUGAAAGGAGACACGAGGAGUCUGGAGCAGAAGAUGAAGUUCCUCGCAAACAACAACUUCCUCAAAAAUUUGACUGUGAGCAGUGAAGGUCCCGGCUGGAGGCUGAUGACCAUCCUCAGACUGAUGUCACUGCCUCAAACUCUCCGCCACCAGUGGAAGGCGGUGCUGCGCGGCCAAGCGGUAGGCGAGGAGGCCGAGCGUACGAGCCUGCGGACGGCACAGGCGUUGUGCCAAAGACUCCUACGAGACACGCUGGCGGCUUUGGAUAAGAUCUCCAAGCUCCUCCAAGAUGGGGAGCCCCGGCUCGGGGAGCAGCUGCGGCUGGUCCAGUCACUGCGGCUGGAGGAGAAAUGCAUCUUGGGAAGAUGCCUUGAAUCACUGAGCGCCUCCCUAGGUGAGGUGAACCCACCGGAUGUGGGCGACGUGUGCUGAUGUGAAGACAGCGGCGUUCCGUCAGGGCCAGCUAGGCCUUCUCUGCUGGCCUAAACAUUCUCAGAAAAGUAAAUUUAAUCAAUUAAAUUUUCUGAGAAUAACAAAUUUAAUUCAUGUUAUUUUAUUUUCAUAAAUAUGUCAACAAAAUUAUUCUCUGUAUUAUUUGUCAUAUUAUUUCCACUUAGUCGAGUGGCUUUCAAUGUUAUUUUAAAGAACAUCGAAAGUCACUCGAGAAAUAACUUAUUUAUUAUGGUAGAAUUUUUAACCAAUCAUAUUUCAGAUAGCUUGUGUUGUCAGGUAAACUACUUGCUCGGGGCCUUCAGAUGAAACAGAGCAGGCCCAGUCAGCUUGCAAUAGCCAAUCAGAUCACGAGUCUGCCCCGGGCUUAUGUCGUCACUGGACGUGCGCGUUUGGUGAUUGGAUGAGCGCCUGCCGGAGGGAGCUGUUGCUGCAUUUUGAGCCAAAAUGGCCGAAGGAGAAGACGUUGAUCAGGUUGCAGGACUACUUUCCAAACAAUUUUCAAGACGGACCUUCCACUGGAUUUACCAAUUGAAGUUGUUUUACCAAGGCGGCAAGGAAACAUCAGAGCACGGCUGGCCACUUACAAGCUACGGUGCGCUUAAAAACGUUUGGGGACACUCGCGUAGAUCUGCAGCUCAGUGAACAGGCACGACAUUGGUGAGUCAAUGAAUUUUAUUUUACAUUUCUUCUUCUUAUAGAGGUUAUUUGCUGUUGUAUAGCCUAUUCUCAAAAUGCAAAUGAUUUUUAUUUUCAAAGAAUAUUUUGUUUUGUUUGGUGUCUUACAUGAAACUGCGACAUUGCGCAAUUUAUUGGACAGACUUGUUUAUGAUCACACAGCGUCAUUUAGGUGGUAUUUUAUUUAGUAUUUUUUAAAUAUCUUUUUAUUUUUGACAAUAUCUGUAAAUGUAGUUUCCUGCUCUUAAUUGUGAAUGCAUACUUGUUGGUUUGAAAUGCUCCUGAAAUGAAGUGCUGCCUGACGAGCCUAUUUUGUUUAUGUAUGUGACGUCACUGAAGGCCUAAGGUUGAAAUGCACGGCCCGCCAUUGUGUGAAGAGAUGCCCCGAAGGCAGACACACAGACGGUCGUCGCUUCCACGCCAAAACAUAUCAAGAAAGUAACCAGAAACUAUGAGAAGACUCCUCUUCGAUUGGCUUUAUUGAACAUUCAUUAAUAGAGCAUCAGGGGCACUGUGUGCCACGCUGUGAGAACCCAGCAAGACCCCCCCCCACCCCCCCCCAAAAAAAAUAAUGGCCCCA